UUAGUGAUAACAUUAUUGACGUUGUCAACCAGGAUUGAAGACUCAUUCAGGAAGGAACCCAUGCUGAUGUGUAUCAUGGCGCUUUAUAUAACUUAAACGCCACAGUGGUAUUUUUCUUUUACUAAUUAUUAUACACUAACAUUUAGUUUGCAUGAGAGAUUGAUCAAAUCGGAUAAACUAUAAACAGAUGUCGAGAGAUUUGGCAACACGGCGAUAUAGCCAAGAUUGCUGCACCAAAAAUCGAAACAGCAAUGCUAGGCAGACGAGAUUGUCUGCUAAGACAAGUGACGAGCACAACGCGGAUAGUCGCCGCUCUCAUGGUCAAGAGCAGAAACAGAGGCAACACGAUUACCCUCACACAUCUUUUGCCGAUGAUUCUAAGAAUAUGCUAACUGCAGCGGACGAAUUAAACGAUAUAAACUUCGUCCUAAUGAGGGAAAAUAUCGAAAAAAUGAAACGGAUUAAAAUUUUGAAGAAGGUGAGGUGUUCAUUUGACAACGUGUUCUCGCGGGUGCAAGACCUGACUGACGGUCUCAAAACGCAACUUGACGAAGCUUUGAUAGAGCACAGAAAAGCCAACAAGAUUGUUCAUAAAUUACACAAGCAUGUGUCAGGAAUGAAAGGCGAUCUAGAAGGAUUCCAAUGGGAGGAUUUGAUAAUUUCCAAUAUGGACGACAUGGAACGAACACAUUUACCAGAGCAUAGACAGCAGAAGUUUGCAGUACAAGCAAUAGAAUCAACAACGUCUAGUCGACCCUCAAGUCUCCCUGAUGUAUUUAAAGUCGACAGUUCAGACAAAGGCCUUGCAGACGAAGAAUUUCGCAUGUCAAAAACCAGAAAUAUAAGGAAACUUGCUGUAAAGAAAUCACAGGAGAAAUCACAAACGGAAACAAACGGCGAACGCAGAAAAAAAUAUUCAGCAAACAUUAACCGUGAAAAUAGCGCCACGAGAGAAAGAAAUAUUUCGCAAACGACCCAAUCAUCUAAUUCAAAGUUGUCCGUGACAUCGGUAAACCAAAAACUGCGUAACAAAACAGAAGGCAAUGAAUCUGAUACCCCAGACAAGUUUAAACAAAUCUGUAACAAAUCAGCAAAGAAAUCCGCAAGAGAUUUUGUCAAAACGACUAUACCUGGAAGCCAACAAGACAACAUUUCAUGUAAUCCAGAACAAAUGGAAAGAAGAAACCAAGCCGCCGAGUCUUUACUUCCUUUAAAUCAACAAAAAAUGCUUAAUCAGAAACGCACCUUUUCUGUAGCACCUUUCGACAAAGACCUCUUGAAUAAAAGUCUGCAUGACAGUAGGAAUCAGAGAAAGUAUGUCAGAAAGAUCCCUAACCUAAGAAAAGAUAAAAUAGAAAAUGAAAUAAAGAACACAGAAGAGUGUAUUCAGCCUAGAAAGAUGGAAACAGAAAGUUUGAAUAAUAACACCACAGCACAGAGAGCGAGGAAACAACCAGGAAGAAAGAUUAUUAAUAGACAGCAGGAUAAAGAUAAUUGGAAAAUUUAAUUAUAUUGUUAAUAAGUCAAAAAUAUUUCAUUUAAUGGUGUUUCUUAUUUGGCUAAGUAAAAAAAAAAUUUCAC